AUGUCCUUCGGGCUCGAUCAAUACACCGCUAAGCAGAUGGCGGCGCUCCAAGCGACUAGCCUUGCGAAAGCGGGAAAUCGCUCUGCGCCAGGCGGAACUUCGGUGCCUUAUUUCGGAGGAAUGCAAUCCAGUGCCCAUCCCCGCCCUGAUGCUCCUCAGGACCCUCGCCAUUCACUCGGCGCCUUGUCUGACUUCCAACAGCCCGGCCAUCAUCCUAAUCCCAAUAACAUGCAAGCUAGCAAUGCAGCAAUGCAGCACAUGCUCCAAAUGCAGAAGAAGCGGCAGUGGUUGCAAGGCCUUGCCAAUGUCAUGAACCAGCGCAACGCGCCUCUCCCCCCUCCUCUGACCGGCGUUCCAUAUCCCGCCACAUUCGACCCAACUCACUCCCUCUGGAAGAACCUUGACAUAGUCGACAUUGGCGUAGUACGCUUGGCGAGCAAGGAGGUUGACCUGUACAAACUAUGGGCGGUCGUGCUGCAGGCUGGUGGAGGCUCCAAGCUCACCCAGCAGAAUAUGUGGUCGGCUGUUUUGCCUUAUUUUGACCUGCCUGAACAGUUUCCAGUACCGCAGUCGAACGGACAACAGUCCGUCGCGAUUGUUCUGUCCAACUACUAUGUGACAAUUCUGGGACCGUUUGAAGAAGCAUAUCGCAGGAAUAUAAUGCGAGAACAGCAACAGCGAGGCUUAAUGCAUAGCCGCAUGCCUUCUGGUGGGCAACAACAUGCACCAGGGAGCUCUCAAGUACGACCUGGAGCGCCCAACAUGCCGCCACAAAUGGCUAGCAUAUCAGGACUCGCUGGAAACUCAAUGAACUCGAACCUCAUGGGGUUGAAUCAAGCGAGCUCUUCGCAGGCUGUUGAUUCAUCUGUUCAAAGUGCCAGUGGCGGCCAGUUUUCCACUCCAGCUAUUCCUCCUACACCCCGGCUUCCGUCCCAUCCACCAUCGACUGGUUUGUCUGGCGCUGCUGCAAGUCUUGGACUUCCUUCGGCAGACUCAUUAAUGAGCAAUCCCGCCAUACCACAGCACGGAUCGCAAUCAAAUGUCUCCUUUUCAAACGGCCUCGACGUCGCUACUUCUGCUCUGGAGCAUGGCAUAGAUCGGAAGAGAAAGAUGAGGGAGUCUGAAGAGGCUGACGCAAAGCGGCAGAAGACUGAAGGUCCGGAAGCAGGUCCUUCUGUCGGUCUUGAGCGAGGUUCCGCGCCACCUAUCCCUGCUCUCAGCAGUCACGUUGCUCCAACAGCACCACCUACUACCACGCGCGUACCUCGACAGCCUCAAAGGCGGAAAAUUGAAUACGUCCCGCUUGCUCGCGAAAUCGAGACCGCAGGAGGUCGUGAUUUGGACAUGAUUCAGCACGAAUACGUCCGUGCUUCUCACCGGCCACUCAAGGACUUCAAUGAAUGGGGCCAAGUCGACAUCGAGGCCUUGACAAUGUCUCUGCGAUCCCGAAUAUCGACCGAGCUAUCCUACGCGUUAACAACCUUCACGAUGCUAACGCUCAUGCGGAGCUCGCAAAAGGACGGCUUUCCUGUUUCGCACACGCCGGAUCUCUUUGAGGAAGUGCUAGACCUGCUGGAAGACGUCGCGUUUGACGGUGCGGACGAUGAGGACGACGUCUUAGACGGACCCGCCCCAUCGUCAAUCAGGACACAUCGGGAGCUUGUGAACAUGCUGUUUGAGGAUAGUACGCGACCUUUCGCUGGAUUGGAUCCGAGGCAGGGCAUGAAGGACCCUAAUAUAGGUCUGCGGCAGCGCCCCGGGGACAUUGUGCUUUCUGUCGUGAACAUUCUUCGUAACCUUUCGAUGACUCCAGAAAACCAGGAUUUCCUGGCAAAACAUGACAGGCUCCUCACAAUCGUCUUCCGUCUGUGUAACUUAGCUCCUUCCAAGCCGGAUGUAUUGCCGACCGCGGCAUCACCCGCGCUCACACUGUCUGACCUGAUCACCGUCAGGAAAGACGUCGUCUAUACGCUCAUGAACAUUGCUGGCUUCGUUGACCUGUCCAAGACUUCUUCGCAUCGACCACAAGUUCUACGCAACGUACGGAGAGCGUUCGAGCUUCUUUCAUCAUAUCUGUCGGAUCAGAUUGAAGCGGUUUCGCCCUUUGCAUGUAUGCUCCAGUCUGGCAUCCCACCAGCAAUGCACCAGCCGAAACCUCCGUCUCUGGCCGACAACGCGCUGGAGGCGUUCACGCGACUCAUUCAGCCCGACGAUAACCGUCACGUACUCGCUCAAUCUGUGCCAUCUGAGUGGCUAUGGACGCUCAUGGAAGCGCUGGUGCACCGGCUGCCGGUGUCUGACAGCGACUUCCAGGUAGUGAUGCGCGACGUGUGGCUGAGCUAUAUAGAGAAGUUGGUCAUGGCGAUCUACUGCAUCGCGUUCCUCGCGCCGCCACAGUUGAAGAAGCGCAUCAAGACGGACCGGACGUUGGGCUUCACGAAGAUCAUGCUGCGUUUAGUGAAGAAAUUCACGAUCUACUCGCCGCCCGACGUCCGAGUGUACUUCGUCAUCUCGGUGCGGCGAGCAAUCGAGUCGAUGAAGCUCAUCGACGACGCCGAGGACUCGUUCGAUACGUCGCAGUCGGCGAUGCCAUCUCUCAGCUUUGGUAUGGGGUAUGGCGAGCACGGGGAGAGCCGGGUGGAGAAGGGGAUGGGGCUGCUGAGUGGAUACCAGGAGGAGAUCACCUGGGGACUGAUGAUGCAGCGGGAUGUUGACGAAACGAUGUUCUCCGAACUGGAGAGCCUCGUGAGGGUGGGUUAA